AUGACCAACCAAACCGCACCAGUCUCUCACAAUUACUGUCCUUCAACGAUACACCUACCACACUAUGCGACCAACACAACCCCAGUCUUCUUGCUAAUUGCCCAAUUUGGUAUCCUUUGGAUUGCGGUACUUGGAGUCGCUCUGACUAUCAUCCACCGCGCACGACCUACCGCGAGUCGAUCAGACCAAUCUGCAUUUGUAUGGAUGUGCCUGACGGGAUCCAUCCACCUCUUCUUCGAAGCCUACUUCGUCAUCAACCAUCAAUCCCUCGCCAGCUCGCAGGACCUCUUCGGCCAGCUAUGGAAGGAGUACUCACUCUCUGAUUCGCGGUAUCUGACGUCGGACGCAUUCCUGGUGUCCAUGGAGGCCGUCACCGCCUUCUGCUGGGGCCCGCUCGCAUUCUUCAUCGCCUAUUGCAUCGCCGCCCAGCACCCCGCUCGCCACGCCCUGCAGCUCACCAUGUCGCUGGGACAGGUCUACGGCGAUGUGCUGUACUAUGCGACGAGCCUGUUCGACUUCUACUACCAUGGGAUGGAGUUCUGUCGGCCCGAGGGCUAUUAUUUCUGGUUUUACUAUUUCUUCAUGAACUUCAUUUGGAUUGCUGUGGGGUCUUAUUAUGCGUAUCAAAGUGCUGUGGAAAUUACGCGGGCUUUUGGAAAGCUGGGGGAGCUCGAUCGGAAGCGCAAGUCGAACUGA